AUGCGGGAAUCGGUAAUGCUGAGAGAUGUGGCGAGAAGAGUCGAUUGGGUACUCGUUGGAGGGAAAUGGACGAGAUUCUCCGUGAUGGGCACUGAUUUGAGUCCAUCCAUGCUGUCAAUCGAGAACAAAGGAGAAGAUGAUGAUCGGAUAAUCAUUUUGAUGAUUCCAGGGAACCCAGGAAAUGAGGGCUUUUACGCAGAUUUUGGACGUCAUGUGCUCAAAAAUCUUCUGGAAAGAGAGGAAAGAAUCGGCGAGAAAAAGUACAACUAUCUCUUUUACACGGUUUCUCAUUUGAAUCACGUGCCAAUGCCGCACGAGAUUCAACACUCCGGUCAACACAAACAUCAUGAUCGAUUCAAGCUCGAUGAACAGGUGCAACACAAGCUCGACUUCAUCCGCGAAUAUUUGCCACGAGGACAAAGGGUUUACCUUUUCGGACACUCCAUCGGGUCUUACAUGAUGCUCAAAAUCCUUCCCUAUAUCAAAGAUGACUACAAUAUUCGGAAAGCUGUUGGCCUUUUCCCGACCGUUGAACGAAUGGCUCUCUCUUACAACGGACAACGAUUGGGACGAUUGUUAGCAACUCUGAACGAGAACGAUUGGCUGGCGAAAGCGAUCUCAUUUUGGGUGGAUCAUCUUCCGUUUCCCGUCAAAAGAUGGCUCGUCGGUUUCAAUCUUGGACAAGAAAGUGUGCCGAUUGAUGUGACAAAAAGUGCAACCGAGAUCCUGCACAUGAACGUUUUUCGAAAUAUCGUGCACAUGUCAGCGGAUGAGUUGAUAAAGGUAACUGAACUGGAUUUGACGCUUUUGGCGCACAAAGAUAUCACGCAUAUGUACUACGGGACUUGCGACGGAUGGGUGCCGAAUACAUACGGUGAGGCGAUGAAGGAUUUAUUACCGAAAGGCCAUGUGAUCUUUGACGAAAACGAUUCUGAGCACGCUUUCGUGAUCCGAGACGGCGAUAUCGUAGCGCAACGAGUGAUCAAUUACAUUAAU